GCAGAAUCACCCGUCACGUGACAGGAACGACGCGCCGGUGCCACGUUCUGGGUUUAUAUAGCGUCAGGCGGAAGCGGGCAGGCGCCAUUUCACUGCGGAGUUGCACAGCGGUCUUUCGGUGGAAGUGCAGCGUCAACAGCCUCCCGUGGUGGUUGGGGGGGGGGAGAGAGAAAAAUAAAUAAUAAUAAAAACAUUUGGAUUUUAAUAACACUCCGCCUUCUGCCCGAUGGAAGCCACCGUCAACCUGCACCACGACAGCUCUCUGGUUGGCUUGUCUGGCGGCGGAAUGGACCAACACAGUAGUUCGGGCAAACGCAUUCGCAAGCCCUCCCUGCUUUACGAGGACUUUGAGAGCCCGUCUCUGCCGCAUGCGAUGCCUCAGGGCCCUCCCGUCCCACCACAACCCCCGGUGAAGGACCCCAGCCGGCCGGGCCUCAUGACCAACCAGCUGCAGUUUCUCCAGAGGACCCUGAUGAAGUACCUGUGGAGGCAUCAGUUUUCCUGGCCUUUCCGUGAGCCGGUGGACGCCUACAGGCUUAACCUACCGGAUUACCAUAAAAUAAUCAAACAACCCAUGGACAUGGGGACCAUCAAAAAGCGUCUGGAGAACAACUUCUACCGCAGUGCUAGUGAGUGCAUACAGGACUUCAACACAAUGUUCACCAACUGCUACAUCUACAACAAGCCGACAGAUGACAUUGUGCUGAUGGCUCAGCCCUUAGAAAAGAUCUUUCUCCAGAAGGUGGCCCAGAUGCCCGAGGACGAAGUUGAGCUGCCUCCUCCAGCUCCUCGAAGCAAGAACAGUAGGGGACGAGGUCGCAAAUCUCACUCGAGGGCUCAGCAGGUGCCAGCCGUGUCCCAGUCAGCUUACUCCCCGUCUUCCUCGGACACUGGGGAGUCCAUGCUGGCCAGCUCUCCCCAGACCGUGCUGACCAAAAGCCUGCCUCCGGCCACCAUCAUGGGCCUGCCCCCUACACAGCCCACAACCAAGAAAAAAGGUGUAAAACGUAAGGCAGACACCACCACCCCCUCCACCAUGGGCUUGACUGUGGGCAUGUCGGGACCAACGCACAUGGUGGGCUUGGGGAAAGGAGGCCACGGGGGCCAGGUCCACGACACCUCCAUGCACACCAUCUCCUCCAUGGGGCACAUGGGCUUGGAGACUCCGCCUGGGAUGGGUCUGGUCAGAAGCCCUGGAGGCCCCGUCCUGCUCCAGCCAAUGAUGGUAGGCGGCGGCCGCAGAGUGGGCAGCGGACGCCCCAUCAAACCCCCCAUGAAGGACUUGCCUGACUCUGUCCAGGCUCAGCCCUCUAAGAAGGGCAAGCUCAGCCCUCAGCUGAGGUACUGCAGUGGGCUGCUGAAGGACAUGUUGUCAAAGAAACACGCUGCGUACGCCUGGCCCUUCUAUACACCUGUGGACGCAGCUGCGCUGGGACUUCACGACUAUCACGACAUCAUUAAGUGUGCCAUGGACCUCGGCAACAUCAAGAGGAAGAUGGACUGUCGUGAAUACAGGGACGCUCAACAGUUUGCUAGCGAUGUCAGAAUCAUGUUCUCCAACUGCUACAAGUACAACCCCCCUGACCACGAUGUUGUGGGCAUGGCACGGAAGCUGCAGGAUGUGUUUGAGUUCCGUUUCGCCAAGAUGCCAGACGUACCUCACAUGGAUCACACGGCCAUGUCGCUGAGUGGCCAUCCAACAUCCUCGUCGUCCUCCUCUUCCUCCUCCUCCUCUUCCUCCUCCUCGUCCACCUCCGAGAGCGAGCCCAGCAGUGAGAGUGAGGAUAGUGAGAACAGCCGCAACUCGGACAGCGAGGAGGAGCGAGCGCAUCGCUUAGCUGAGUUACAGGACCAGGUGUGCACACAACUCAAAGCCAUGCACGAGCAGCUGGCUGCCCUCUCCCAAGGCCCCAUCAUCAAGGCCAAGAAGAAAAAGGAGAAGAAGGAGAAAAAGGAGAAGAAGAAAAAGAAGAAGCUGGAGAAGCGAAGUCGAGCUGUCAGAAGCAAAGCUGACUCUGAGGAAUGGAAGAUGCCCGGCAAGCUCCUGAAAACCAAGUCUGCCAGAGCAGGUGGCUCCCAGCCCAAGAAGAGCCAGGGCAAGAAGAGUAACAAGAACAGCAAGGCCACAAAGAAGCUGUUCUACCCUCCUCCGCCCACCUCCAUGCUGCCGCACUACGACUCCGAGGAAGAGGAGGAGAUCGUGCCCAUGUCUUACGACGAGAAGCGCCAGCUGAGCCUCGACAUCAACAAGCUGCCGGGGGAGAAGCUGGGUCGCGUGGUCCACAUCAUUCAGUCCAGGGAGCCGUCGCUGCGGGACACCAACCCCGAGGAGAUCGAGAUCGACUUUGAAACGCUCAAGCCGUCGACACUGAAGGAGCUGGAGCGCUACGUCAUGACCUGCCUGAGGAAGAAGCCCCGUAAGCCGUACGCCGAACAAGGCGCAGCAGGAAAGAAAGGCGGCGUUGGCAAGUCCAAAGAGGAGCUGACUCUGGAGAAGAGGAGGGAGCUGGAGAGGAGGCUGCAAGAUGUCAGCGGGCAACUCAAUUCUGUCAAGAAACCUACGAAAUCCAAAGUGGAAAAGCCGAGCGCUACGGAGACUCACACCGAGCCCUCGCGCCUCAGCGGCAGCAGCUCCAGCUCCGACUCCUCUUCCUCCUCGUCCUCCUCGUCCUCCUCAGACACCAGUGAUUCAGACUCCGGUUGAGAUCCUCAGCACGAGCUAAGAGAGAACACACUAAUAACUCGGGGACUUGGGCUGGCCCAGGACAACACACCCUGAAACAGGAGUGGGCUGAGAUAUUAGAUGCCGUGGCAAAAAAAAAACAACACUCCAAUAAGGACUCGUAAAAUGUUUUGAAUGUGGGACUGAGGGAUGUGGAACCACACCUCUGUGGAUCAAACAAAACACUAAAUGCCUUGGUUUCCCCCUCCUCCCCUUUUGUAAAUACUUGUACAAAUUUAUGUUUCUUUUAUAAAGAAGAAUUUUAUGGUGAUCCCCCAAAGAGGGAAGCGAAGUAAUAAUAAAAAAAUAAAAAAGGAUGGGGAAAGAUGGGCCUUACGCCAGAUCUGAUUUGGCCGGCCUCACGCUGCGUCCUCUGGUGAGCCAAAGGAAGAGUGUAUUUAUUUGUGUUCUUCACCAACCUUUCCUCGGACGUUACUGGAGUUGGAACCAGCAACCUUUUUGGCCACAAGCGUUGCUUUUCUAUCGUCUGGCCUCCUGUGCCAUGCUUCAUAUUUAGAUCCAUUGUUAUGGGUUGGAUUAUUUGGAAAAAUAAUUGCAAAAUAAAUUAAAAAAACAAAACCAAGAAGCCGCUUAGAAAAGCAAACCUUCAGGUCAAAGUCUGUUACAGUUUGAGUUCUGGAUCAUUCCUCUUCUUCCGUUUACACAUGUUGUUCCUGCAGUUAAACCUCAGUUCGAGCCUCAUGCUGUGUAGUUCUUGUGGUUUAAAAAAGUGAGUUCAUAGUACAGUAUAGACGGCUUUACGUACUGUAAUUAUAAAGUUUGCAAUGACGUAACAUAAUCAUUCAGUUUGUAAUGAUUUGGUCGGCCGCACUGACCUUUAGGAGUCCAACAGUCGUAUUUUGAAAUCAGCUCUGUACUGUUCAACUUGGAUAUCGCUCUCCACAUUUCUCGAGCCGAAACCUUCUGGGCUUCUGAAUGUUAUCACAUCGGUUUCCUCAUUUCCGCAUUAAUCUCCUGGUCGAGUGACGUGUUGCAUCUGUGUCACUCAGAAACUCCGCGACGGCUCCUUUGAGGAAAUCUCUCGGCUGCGCUGCUCGUCCUGGAACAGGUGGCGAGUUUCCCCAAAAAGAGACGACUACGUCCUCUGAGCUCCAUGCAGAGUUGAAGCUAUUGUUGAAUGUUCGGUGAAAGAAUAUAUGCGUGUAUAUACUUAAACGGUAUUUGCUGUUGCACAGACUAUUGUAUUUCUGCUGUUCAUGCUUUCCUUUCUUCUCAGUUCUCUUGUUUACUUUUAUUCUUUUACACGCUGUUACUGCUCAUUCCAUUUUACCGUCUUAGUUUAUUCCUGAGGAGAGUUCACACGAGCACCGCUGUCUCUCUGAAGCAUACCUUUCAUUUGACAAGUGUGUUUAUUAAAAGAUUCUCUUCUGUAGAA